CCUCCCCAGUCCUUUUUCGCUGUUCUCGGCCUCAGCGCCCCUCUCCCGCGCCCCCUUGACACAUCUGAGCGCAUAUACAUUCAUUCAGGCGGCGAGCAGCUACCUGCGGUGUUCUGUCGCCAGCCCGUCGGCUGCCUAGAGCGUAGCCAUAGCGCUCUUUCCCGACAUAUGACGGGCGACAAUGUCUAUUGUCAGCGUGAAGGACUGCCUGCGUUUCCGCCCGCCCCGACCAGGGACACGACGCGUUUGUACGACGGCUGCAGCGGGGUCAUGGCACUGUGUGAGAGCCCGGCGACGUUCCUGGGGCGCCUUAAGACGACUGUCGUCUCGGGAAUCUCAUUCACUGUCGACCAGGUGCGGGCGGUGCCUGGGAGGAAGGGAGAACCGAGGCGAAGAGAAAACAGCUGCAUCUGUUGUCCGUCUCUGGUCUCGUUGUGUGUGUGUGUAUUGUAGAAGUACCGUGUUGGUUCUCUAAUAGGCCGGGGUGCGUAUGGUGCUGUGGUGGCGGCCACGGACACCGAGACGGGCGAGCAGGUCGCCAUCAAGAAAAUGGAGAGGUGCUUUGAGGUGAGCGAGUGACCAACGGAGGGAGGGAGGGAGGGAGCUCUCAUGACAACACAGGGGCGCCCCUUCGUAUGACCUCUGUCUGUGUGUGUGUGUGUGUUGUGUGUGUUCAGCAUGAGUUGUUCACGAAGCGUACGUUGCGUGAGCUGCGGUUUCUGCGUCUGCUGCGGCACGAGAACAUCCUGCCCUUCCGGGCCGCCUCGGUGUGCGGCGACCUGCACUCCUUCAGCGACGUCUACCUCAUCUGCAGACUCUCGGACACCGACCUCGCCUCAAUCAUCAAAUCGCGCCAGCCCCUCACAGAGGUGCGUCACCUCACCCCACACACACGACAUACGACACACGACACACGACACACAUACACGUGCGCAAAGGCUCUUUUGUCACCCAUUUGUGUGUGUGUGUGGUGUGCUGUGUGUUGGUGUGGAUGGCCAUUGGCAGGACCACCAUCGCUUCUUCGUGUAUCAGAUCCUGCGCGGUUUGAAGUACUGUCACAGCGCCGGCCUGCUGCACCGAGACCUGGUACACACUACACCCAACACCCAACACACGCACAGACAGGAUAGAGAGAGACCCUCUCACUCAGCUCAGCCUGUUGUGUCGUCCAUCCAUUUAUCCAUCCUUCGAUCGACAGAAGCCGCGCAACUUGUUGGUCAACAGCAACUGUGACCUCAACCUCUGCGACUUCGGCCUUGCUCGGCUCAAGGACUUCUCCCCGCUGCUGCAGCAACACCCAGACACCUCUGUGGGCGGCGGCGGUGGGGAGCAGCAGCGGGCCAUGACCGACUACGUUUCCACCAGAUGGUCAGUCAGUCAAAUGGCGCGGUGCGAUGCGUGUGGGUGCAAUGAAUCGGCAUCGGUCCACCUUGGUGUGUGUGUGAUGUGGUGGUAUGUGGUGUGAGCAGGUAUCGUGCGCCUGAGGUGUUGUGUUCGUGGCGUCAGUAUGACGAGCAGGUUGACGUGUGGAGCGUCGGGUGCAUCCUCGCAGAGCUCAUGGGCUACAGGCCGCUGUUUCAGGGUAAAUACCUGCUUUUUCCACACACACACACACGCCCCCCUCUGUGUCUGUCGACGUCCGUGUGUAUGUGUGCUAUUAGGUCGUGACACGACGGAGCAGUUGAGUCAAGUGGUUCAGCUGCUGGGCAAGCCCACCCCUUCGCAGAUCGCCAAGAUAUCCAACGCCCGCUGCCGCGCAUUCAUCGAGGCACUCCCAGACAUACCUCCCGUCAACCUCAGGCACGGACCCCCCCCCUCUCUCCCUCCACACCACACAGCAUGUGAAUGCCUGUGUCCGUGUGUGUGUUGCAGGUUGUUGUUUCCCGAAGCCAGCAGUGUUGCGAUUGACUUGCUGCGCGGUCUGCUCAACUUCGACCCAUCUGAGCGGCUGACCGUCAGCCAGGCGCUCGCCCACCCAUUCCUCGACGGACUCUACUGCCCAACUGACGAGGUAGGUACACACUGUCACGGAACGGACCCUCACACAGACACACCAAGGAAAACACAUGGCCAUAUGUGUGUGUUGGUGUAUGUGUGUGUGUGUGUGUCAGCCCGAGCGUCUGCCCAUCGAUCCGUCUUUGUUUGCAUUUGAGUUGGCACCCGACCCUCAACGGCUCCGGUGAGUGAGCACAUUCCGGCGCUCCCCCCCACACACACGCAUGUAUCCUCAUUUGUCUGUUGGAUGUGUGUGUGUGGGUGGAUCGAGCAGGUCUGAGAUAUGGCAAGAGGUGUUAUUGUCGCAGCAGCCCUCCGGCUCGCCCACCGCCGCCACGCGGACCAUCCCGCUCAUCCCCCACGACCCCAGCAACGACUCCUGCAUCAUGGACAUGGCCGCAUCGCCCCACACACACGACCACGACCACAACCACCAGAACACCUUCUUCGCACCCCCCGGCGGCCCCCACAUCAACAACAUGAGCAUGAGCCACUACUCGCCCUGCUCGAUGGCGGACAACGACGACUCGUCUGGGGAUUGCAGGGCCAUUUCCAUGAUGCAGGUCGACGACAUGCACACGAAGGGAGACGGCGGGGAGAGGGAGAGGGAGAGGGAGGAGCGCAGCAGUGGCGGCGGCAGGCGGGCUGCCCACGGGAACGGCCCGGUGCGGCUCAUCGACAGCCUGACGAGGGGCGGCGGUGGGGCAUGAUGCAUGAGACCACAUACGAGGGUGGGGAGGGAGACGGGGAGGGGGAGGAGGAUGGCGAGCGCGUCAGCCCCUCCCGCUCGAGCACUCUCUGCCCGGGCUGAGUGACGGGCGGGCUGGCGGUUUUGCAUACCUACUAUGCAAUGCAAUGCAAUCAGUAAGUAUAUCCAUCCUCCCAUCUAUCUUUCCAUCCAUCCAUUGAUGCAUCGACCACACACAUCGGAUCCAUCCAAUCCAGGAAGGGAUGAGGCAUACCAUACCUGGUGGGCUAAUGAGUGUGUGCGUGAGUGAGGCCAUGAAGGUGUGCGUCAUUGGAAUGGAUCGGUGGGGAGGUGCCUGUCUGCCUGUCUGCCUGAGUUCCGGCGCAGCUGCUGAUAUUGCUGAUGAAUGGUGACUGCCAUGAUGACUGACUGGAUGCUCAAUCGGUAGGUGCCUGCCUGCCUGCCUGCCUCCCGGCGGCUGGCCCCUUUUCCCGUUUUGUUUUUUCGUUUUGGUUCAUUUGCCUCGUUUGACGGACGGAUGACAUCCAGCUACUUGGCUAACAGCGCGGGACAGGAGGGAUCGCUGGAUACAUGGAUGGAGGGAUGGACUGAUGGAUGGAUGGAUGCGAUGCAUGGGUGGCUUGCAGAGAGACGUAGCUGGGCACGUGCAGGCGAGAGCCAUGCACUUUUUUCCCUGCUUAAGACAAGACGAAAGAGGAGAGAGAGAAGAGCGCGGUGAGUGCCGUCUGUCUCUGUCUGUCUGUCGGUCUGUCUUGUGUGGUGUGUGCGCUCGUGUGGGGGCCCUUCUCUCCUCUCGGACGAGCUCGCGCACCUCGAUGAUGCAUCUCGCAGAUGGGGAUGCAUUGUCCAGGUGCGCUUGGUGCGCCUGUGGGAAGGAGGCACCACACUGUUGUGCUGAGACUGUCCGAUUGAGUGCCUACCUACUGGUAUGUCUGUGUGUAUACGUGUUGCAUCUCAAUCUGUCUGUAUUUGUGUGGCUGACUGACUGACUGUCUCGUGUCUCGGUUGGUGCCUGCUCGUUGUUCGUCUGUCGUUUAUCUUGGUCCCAUUAUAUAUUCCUUGGUGUGUGGAUGACUGCGCAUGGCCGACACACACACAUACACACAUACUAACUGACAUACCUCUCUGGGAGUACACACGGGCGGGGCGGGGCGCCGCUUUAUGCAUUGGAUCCAUGGAUGGAUGGAUGGGUAGAUGGAUGGAUGGAUGACGGACGGCGGCUGUGUCUGUGUGUAUAUAGAGUCUGAGUGCGUGCAGUGCAGAUGGGCACCAGCGAACCGACAAACGAACGAUGGGCCAGCUGGCUUUUUCUGCGUGCGGCGGUGGGCCAAUCUGCCCGCCAUCGGCACAACACGUGUGUGUAUGUGGGUGUGGGUGUACAGGACUCUCGAUAGAUAGACAGACGACAGGAUUUUUUCUAACUUAUCCUCGUCUGUCUAUGGUUGAUUUGUUGCACCCACCCUUGCACCGCACCCUCCCUGCAGCUGCUGCUGUGUUCCUUUCCUUUCUUUCGUUUCCUUUCUCACCACAUCCAUCCAUCCAUCCAUUCAUUGUUCCACUCCCCCGCUCAAGUCAGUCACUCGUUUGGCAAUUUUGUUUUGUCGCAUUCUUGUGUGUUUGCCUCACCCCCACGCACCCCCAUGGCCAAUAGAUAGAUCACUGGGAGGGAGGGAGGGAGGGUUGGGGCAUUCCAUCCAUCUGUGUGUGUGGUGUAACUUUCUAACAGCUGCCGUGACGUUAAUGCUGCCUGACUGUCUGUCUGUCUGCCUGGGCAACGGCGUUGAGCCAGCCAACCGACAGUGUGGUGUGCUGUCUGCCGACAUACAUAGCCAGAAGCGAAUUUGUGGACAGGGCAGAACGCUCCACACCCACACUCACACCCACACUCACUCUCAUAGCACACACAAGCGCACACACGUGUUCCCGAAGGGAAGAGACACAGGCGAGAGGAGAGAGGGAUGGGGAGAGAGAUUGCCUGCGGUGGGUGAUUUGUGGUGAGAGUGAUGGGGUGGUUUUGAUGCCUGCCUGCCGCCCAUGUCAUGUGUGACACACUGACUGAGCCCAUUGCCGGCUUGGUUUUGCCCUUUUGAUAAGCUAAGCUCGUGGAUAAAUACGAGAGCUGACUGGCCCCUUCGCCAGUGCAUCUGGCGCUGGAUUAUCGUUGUGAUUAUGGCUGUGCGGGAAUUCGCAUACUGCUGCUGCUGCGAGUAUUAUAGCUGGGUAUUGUCUGUGUGAUGUCCACCCCUCCUCUCAUUCCUUGUGUGUGCGUGCGGUGCCCGUCCCACCCCCACCCUGAACCCCCCACCACCCCCUCUCACCUCAGCUCACCUCAGCUCAGCUCAGCUCACCCAAUGGCAGUUUUUCAACCACCAGCAGCAUCAACCACAUGCUGCUGGACUGCCUGCCUGUCUACCUUCCUGUCUGUCUGCCUUGUUGGCGUGUUGGGAGAGAGAGAGGGGGGGGGGGUUGAAGAAGGUGAUGGGGCAUUUUUCACCUCGCUAUGGAUGGUUGGAGGGAGGGGUCGAUCCUGAGCGGCGGCAUGUGUGUCUGCCUGAUGCUCGAGUAUUACACACACACGUGAUGUCUGUCUGGUGUUGAGAGCGUAUGACGUACGUGUCGAUUGACCAGCAAGUGAGAGAGAGAGGGGCGGAAGAGAGGGAGAGAGGGAGGGCCUGCAUACCCACACAGGUGCACACAGGAGGGGAGGGGGACGGACUCAUGAGGUUUGUUGCCUGUUUGUGCGUGUGGUGCAUCCAUCCAAUGCGUGUCGAUGGAAUUGGCUCGGUGCCGGGCAUGUGUGCGUGCAUCAUGGCAUGCAUGACACACGUGCAAGCGGCCGAGAGCUCUCUACCUCGUUAAUAGAUAGCCACACCACCUGCCACACACACAUGUCUCUCUCUCUCUGUCUCUCUCUGACGGUCUGUAAUUCAUUCAUUCCAUGUGUGGAGGGGGAGCUACAUGAGUAUGUGUCUGUGUCCAAUAUUGAACACAGCCGUAUCGGAUCGCUUUAC